AUUCUACCACAUUAUAAAAAAGUAAUUAUAUGUGUAGUGGGUUUAACGAAGACUAUUUCAGUCUUUUAAGCAAGAGAGUUAUUUCCUGCUUUUAACGUGCUCGAUUCGUCGUCUCGUUCAGUUCUUUAUAAUCUGUCUGACUGGCAAUAGUUUCUUUUUGACAGUUCUCUUCGACUACGCACACGGUUAAAAUCUAAACGAAGGAGUAACUUCUCUCGUUUUUUAUUUUGAAAAUCUAAAAUGGAUCUAUUAAAUAAAUUUUUUGAUUAUAUCGUAGAAUGUGAUCCACGAAUAAAAAAUCGGAUACUAUUUAAUUCGCCGUAUCCAAUUAUUUCUAUUAUACUUUUUUAUCUUUUCUUUGUCCUUGUGUACGGUCCAUGGUUCAUGAAGAAUAAAAUGCCGUACUCGUUAAAAACGUUCAUGAGAUACUACGAUUUGUUUCAAAUAAUAGCGAACAGUUUGAUCGUAUAUAAAUUAUUAAUCGGUGGUAUAAACUUUAGAGGAUUAUCAACGAAUUGCGAUCCUCCUACUUACAAGACAGAUUUUGCUAAUAUGGAGCUGGUAGAAGGUUGUUAUUGGGUGCUAUUAACAAAAGUGAUCGAUCUAAUUGAAACAGGAAUAUUUGUGUUACGAAAGAAAACUAGGCAGAUUUCUUUCUUGCAUUUGUAUCAUCAUGUCUCAACGGUGAUGAUCUGUUGGUUUUAUGGAAGAUAUUACAUCGAUCAAAGAACUUCUUUUAUACCUUUAGUGAAUUGUAUGGUUCACAUAGUAAUGUACAUUUACUAUUUUCUUAGUACAAUAGGUCCAGAUAUGCACAAGAUCAUCAAUCGAUAUAAAUUUCUACUUACCAUCGUUCAAAUGGUACAAUUCCUAAUAAUAUUGUUUUUCAUCUGGAAGAUGUCCUCAGCAAACUGUGAUGUCGCUCAAAAUGCUAUUUACGUGAUGUCUGUCAAUAUAUUGAUUAAUUUCUUCUUAUUUUAUAAUUUUUAUAAGCAAAAUUAUUUAAUUAAAAAGACGAAAAAGAAUUAAUUUAAAUAUGAAAUGUUAAUAUCUAUAAUUUAUUAUUUUUAUAUGGAAUAAUCCAUAUGUUAAUAUGAAAUAUUAUUUUCUACCGUGAACUCGAUCCGUAGUGAGGGAAGAUAUAAAAUAUUUAUUGAUAGAAUAAACUAGAGAGAGAGAGAGAGAGAGAGGAAAAAAGAUAAAGAGAGAAAUUUAAUAUUGUAAGUGGAACAAAAGCGAAGAACAAAAUAUUACAAAUAACGAUUACUUAGUUACUUAUCUCUUUCAUAAAUUUUAUUAAUAACGAGUUUACGAGUCGAUAAUAUAUAUCAUAAACGAGUUUUCGUCUAUCGAAUUUAUUAUAAAUUAUACAUAGAAUAACAAUACUGUAUAUUAGAAUAACAAUAUAAUUAUAUAAAUUGAAUUAUAUACAGAUAUAUUUAUUUUCGAAUACGAAAUUAAUAAGUAUAUUAAUUAUUAAUUAUAUUGAAAUACAUUUCUUAUUUAUUACUUAUUUCGAAUACGGAUAUUAAUUUAUUAUAGUUUUCAUGAAAUACGAAUAAUUGGAUACUUAAUUACAAGUUUAACAAAACAGAGAACAUUGAUCUAAUAACAAAUCAGAAGAUUUAUUGAUAAAAUAAUGACUAAGUUUAACGAAUAACAAAUAAUUUUUCCAUAUUAAGUAGAUACACACACAAACACACGCACAAAAAAAUUUAAUUAAGAUGUGGAUGGAAUAUGAUUAUCGUUUUGAUUGUUUUAAUGAUUCCAAGGAAUCGAUUUUAUUACGAUUUUUAUUGAUAUUACGAUACCGGUAAAGAUUCAAUAAAUUUAAGAGAACGUAUUAUUAUAAAUAAAAAUUUCGUUUUGGAUUUUGUCGAAGAUUUAUCGAUACGAAAGUUAACGAGUGGAGAUCCUAUCUUAAACAUCAUUAGCUAUAUUUCGUAAUUUAUAUAUAUAUAUAUAUAUAUAUAUAUAUAUAUAUAUAUAUAUAUAUAUAUAUAUAUAUAAUUGAUUUCGUAAUUUAUAUUUAUCGUCCGAUGUUUAACUACUUAUGAAACAUGUUGUUGAAAUUCUUUCGUCUCAUAGUGACAAAGGUUAUACUGGUAAUAUACCAAACAAUAUCGUGAUUAUAAAUCAAAAUUAUGCCUAUAUACGAAUGAAUAUAUAUCUUGAGACUAAACCGGAAUUGUGUACGUAUGCGAUCAAAUGUUUGCAUGAAAUUGAAUAAACAUUUCCAUCCAUACGAGACUGAA